GAGGCACAAUUCGUGUUACACCCACAGCUAGCUGCUACCAUUAGGCUAGUUAGAAGUAGCCUAGCUAGCUUAUAGUUACGAGGAGCUAGCCAGUGAAACGUUAUCUACACGCGUGUUGAGAGAUGUUUAUUACAGUCGCCGGUGAUUUAUCUGUUUAUAACCACCGCAGCUGUUGUUUUCGGACGUCUUUUUCGCUGUAUUCUCUCCAGCUUUUUCACCGAGCCACCUCCUGUUGGGUUCACUUUAGCACCACUGUUCUGUGUAUUCGUCUCUGGGUUUUGGGGGUUGUGAUGUCUGAGCCCACCCCAAAGACACCCACUCCAACCCCUGCUGGAGAUACAUACAAGGGAUGGGUGUUUAAAUGGACAAACUACAUUAAGGGUUACCAGCGGAGGUGGUUUGUUUUAAGCAAUGGCUUGUUGUCGUACUACAGGACUCAGGCGGAAAUGGGUCACACGUGCCGCGGCACCAUCAACUUGGCGACAGCGACCAUCACUGUGGAUGAUGCGUGCAAUUUUGUCAUCUCCAUCGGUGGCGCACAGACUUAUCACCUGAAAGCCAGCUGCGAGGUGGAGCGCCAGCGCUGGAUCACAGCGCUCGAGCUGGCCAAGGCCAAAGCGGCCCGCAUUCAGGCGGAAUCAGAUGACUCAGGCGACGACCCUUCCCCCUCGUCCCCUCCUGCGGCUCCCGGACAAGGCGGCGGGUCGCAGAAUUCUGAAGUCCAGUCCACGCUAAGAACCUUAGGAAGCAAGGUGGAGGAUCUGAGCACAUGCAACGACCUCAUCUCAAAGCACGGCUCCGCUCUGCAGAGGUCGUUAUCGGAACUGGACAGUUUGCGUCUGACUGGCGAGGCGGGGGAUAAGAUUCGUCAGGUGACUGAAAGGGCCACGCUGUUCCGCAUCACCUCCAAUGCCAUGAUAAACGCUUGCAGAGACUUCUUAGCGCUGGCUCAGGCCCACAGCAAGCGAUGGCAGAAGGCCCUGCAGGCUGAGCGGGAGCAGCGGGUUAGGCUAGAGGAGACUUUGGAGCAGCUGGCCAAGCAGCACAACCACCUGGAGCGAGCAUUCAGGGGAGCGGCCCAGGCCAACGCCACCAGCGCUGACAGUAAAGGUUCCGUCGGAGCUGUUAAAGGAGAGGCCAGCGAUGAGGACGACGAGAAUGAGUUCUUUGAUGCUGUGGAGGAGGCGCCCGAGUUCAUCACUGUUCCCGCAGAUCCUCACUUCCAUAAGAGGUCGAGCAGUAAUGCAAGCGGUUUCAACAGCGAAAUGUGCUCUGAUGAUCAGUCGCUCAAUGAGGAACCUCUCGCAAUGAACCAGGAGUCGCCCUCGCAGGAACUUGGGCCCCUGAAGAAGAGACGUAAACGCAUCCCGGACAAACCCAACUACUCUCUCAACCUGUGGAGCAUCAUGAAGAACUGCAUUGGAAAGGAGCUUUCAAAGAUCCCCAUGCCUGUCAACUUCAACGAGCCUAUCUCCAUGCUGCAGCGGCUGUCUGAGGAUCUGGAGUACCACGAGCUGCUGGACAAGGCUGCUAAGUGCCACAGCUCCCUGGAGCAAAUGUGCUAUGUUGCCGCCUUCUCCGUGUCCUCCUACUCAACCACUGUCCACCGCACGGGCAAGCCCUUCAAUCCCUUGCUGGGCGAGACCUAUGAGCUGGACCGCCGGAGAGAGAGUGGCUACCGCUCCCUCUGUGAGCAGGUCAGUCACCACCCACCGGCUGCAGCCCAUCAUGUGAUUUCCGACCGAGGCUGGACACUCAGGCAGGAAAUUACAGUUGCCAGCAAAUUCAGAGGCAAAUACCUCUCCAUCAUGCCAUUAGGCACAAUCCAUGCCACCUUUGAGAAGAGCAACAAUCACUACACGUGGAAGAAAGUUACCACUACAGUGCACAACAUAAUUGUUGGGAAACUCUGGAUCGAUCAGUCAGGAGAGAUCGACGUAGUAAACCACACCACCGAAGACCGCUGCCAUUUGAAAUUCGCACCUUACAGUUACUUCUCCAGAGAUGUCGCCAGAAAAGUGACGGGCGUGGUGAUGGACAAGACGGGCAAGGCCCACUAUGUGCUGUCGGGGACGUGGGACGAGAAGAUGGAGUUCUCAAGGGUGAUGCAAAGCAGCAGAGGAGGAGGAGGCGACAAUGGCUCUGAGGGCAAGCAGAAGACGGUCUACCAGACCCUGAAAGCCAGAGAGAUGUGGAGGAGGAAUCCUUUACCUGAGGGCGCAGAAACCAUGUACUACUUCACUGACCUGGCGCUCACACUGAACGAGCCGGAGGAGCCCAUAGCGCCCACUGACAGCCGGCGCCGCCCUGACCAGCGGCUAAUGGAGGACGGCCGCUGGGAUGAGGCCAACGCUGAGAAACAGCGUCUGGAGGAGAAGCAGCGCAUUGCCCGACGGGAGCGCGAGCGGGAGGCCAUCAGCCAGCGCUCCUCUGGCCAAUCGGACGAAGCUGUCGAUGAGGAUUCUCUUACUGAUACAUCACUAAAAAGUGGACCCCACGACAACUACAAGGCCCUUUGGUUUGAGCGCUGCCAGGAUCGCAUUACGGGUGAGCAAGUCCACAUCUACAAGGGGGGCUACUGGGAAGCAAAGGAUCGCGGCUGCUGGGAGGGAUGCCCAGACAUAUUUUGACCCCAGCCUUAACUUGAAUAAGGCCACCCACCAGUCCCCCCGAGUGGUUGGGUCCCCCUUGUCUAUUCUAAGAGACCUCCCAGGAGGACAGUUGCUGCUUUCUGACUGAGAAGGAGGUGCCCCCAGUUGAGGGGGCGACGCCCUUUGGUCGAAGGACACCCACCCGUCCCCAAUAAGUGAGUAGUGCUUCCACAUCCAUUGUAGACAGUUAUCUUAAUGCGAUAACAUAGUGUUUCCUCUUGAAUUCUGUGCUUAAAAAACAUUAAUAUAUAAAUUAUAAAUAUAUAUGAUGAUAAUAAUAAUAAUAAAUGUUAAAAAUUUGGUGGCCUUCAUGAAUUUAAGGGAGAAAUUACAGUAUAAGAGUUCUGUGUCUUAAUGUGUCUUCCAUCACUUUUGUUGGUUUGGGGUGGAUUUGAAGUUUUUUUUUUUUAAGUAUCGGAAAAGAAGACCUCGCCUUCUCAGUCACUCUCACUUGUAGUAUUGCAACGAUUGGAUGCCAUUUUGAAUCAGUUGUCAAAAACAGUUUUAAAGUGGAUACUUGUUUUUAGUGUGUGAUCUAUCUAAACUAAAAUGCAGUACACCAAAAAGUAUGUUAUGUUGUUUUUGUUUGUAAGUGUACUUAAAACAAUGACAAAGAAUUUUUAAAAAAGCAUUGUGAAUAAAUCUGAUUUUAUAAAUGUAUAGAAAGUCCAUAUGUAUUUGAAAACUGAGAAGACGGUCUUCAAUUUCAGAGAGAAAAAAAGGGAGAUUCCAUAACAUUGUUAGGUAUUUUGUAUUAAAAAAAACAACAAAAUGUAUAAUAAAUGCUGUAAUGUCAAACUGUUUUUAUCUUGUUUUGAUUCCACCAUGACUACAUAUUUUUCCUCCUA